AUGAACAAUCGACAACUUCCCUCCAAUUUUAACUUUUACGGGGAGACAACAACAGACUAUCCCUCUGAUUUUAAUAUGACAACAAAUUUAUUUGAUGAUUUUCUUGCUUCUUUAACUGAAACACAUCUACUCACGGAUAGUAAUGUAAAUACAAACAAUAGCAUGCUCCUUCCGCAUAAUGUAUCUUCUAAUUUAAUACCAACAACAUCAUCAACAAGUACAUCAUCAUCGUCGACAAUGUUGCCACCAAUAACGGCACAAGAUCUAACCGGUACUACAUCUUCACAAAACGAUUCAAAUUCUGGUCAACUUGUUACAAACGUUUCUCUAAUUACAAAUAAUCAAAAAUAUCCAUCAGGAAUAAUUCAAGAUAAUGUACAUUUGUUUUUUGGUUCUCAUGGUUCUUCAGAUACAUAUAAAUUGGAAGUUCAGGUAACGCCAAUUGUUGAUCAAAUGAUAAUGAGUAAUCAAACUAAACUUGUCAUACAAGUUAAAAGAGAAAAUAGCAAGGAACUUUUGAAGAAGGCUCGUUGGGUAUUGUCUUUGGAGAAUAGAAAAGAAGAAUGUAUUUAUCUCGUUCAAAAUAAUAAUUUUCCAAAAACAAGAAGAGGAAGAGGUAUUAACGAAUCUUGUUUAUUUGCCUUCUCUCUGGAAAAUUUACAAAAUGUUCCUGAACAAUUAUUUCCAACAUUUAAAUUUCAAUUUUACUCCAAGCUCAUACCAGGAAGUUUCCCAACAGAUUCGUUCACUGUUCCACCAUCAACACAACUUUCUAGGCCAGAAGUAUCCACAUCCUCAUCAUCACCACCUACACAACAAAUCAUUUCCAAUCCACCUAUGAUAGUAAUGGAACAACCAAAACCUGUUAUGAAUAAUAUUCUCUUCCCAGCUUCUGCCUUUAAUCAGUCAACCCAAUCCUUUGAUCCUAUGUCACUUUUUAACUCUCUUACCGAACAAUCCCAACAACAAUCAGAUGAUCUAAUUUAUCAAUCUUCAGGAAAAAAGAGGAAAAAGAUAGAAAUCUUUGAACCAAAGUUAUUCUCAAUCAAUCCAAUGUAUGGAACUAUUGGAAGCACUGUUGUUUUAUUGGGCAAUUUUAACGUUUUAAGUGAAAAAGCAGUCAAGGUCCAUUUUGAUCAAGUUGUUGUUGAGCAUCCACAUGCCGUUACGCCAAAUACUAUUGUUUGUACUGCUCCUGAUCAUGAAGAUGGUAACUCUUUUGUUCAAGUUGUAGAAGAAUUUGAACACUUCCAAAUGAAAACUGAGCACAAAAUUUUCAGAUAUAUUUCACAAAGCUUCCAAAUGGGUAUCAACCAACUCGUCUUUAAUUCAGGCCCAAGACCUUACCAAUCACCACCUUCAUAUCUUUCUCCUGGAGCUCCAAACACUGACUCAUCUUCUAGUUCUAACUCUUAUAACUCAGGGCAAAUGUUUUAUGAUAGUCUUAGACAAAAUAAUUUACAUAGAGCAGCUUAUGAUGGUGAUUUGAGGGCUGUUGUUUCAAUUCUUGAAAGCAGAUCAUGUGAUCCAUUUGAAUUGGACAAUUUUAAGAGAAGUCCAUUCCACAUUGCUUGUGCUAUGGGUCACUUAUCAGUUGUUCAAGCAUUAUGGACUCAUAUUGUUGAUAUUCUUCCUGAAGAAGAGGAUGAAGAUGAAGACGUACUUGCAUCUGUUCUCUUAUAUCAACAGGAUAGUUUCUCAAUGACACCUCUCGAUUUAGCUUCAAAGAUUAUAGACGACAAUGAACAUGAUGUUAUUUUCUUCCUUAAAGACAAAUUAGUCACCUAUCCAAACUUGAAUACAAAGCUAGGUAAUGGUGAUCUAGUUCUAGUAGAAAACGAGGUACACGAACGUAAACUAAAUCAAUUGAAGCACUUAUUCCCAUCCUUUGACGAUUUCUUCAUUAGAGAAAUUCUUGAGAGAUGUGGUUGGAGUGAGACAGAAGCUGCUGCUUUGGUUUUAUGCCAACAAUUUGAAUCCAAUAUCUGUGCCAAAUCAUCUAUGACUUCUAAGGAAGUUUUCAUGGUAAUAGAGAAACAAAAGGCCAUCAAUCAACUCAUUGAUUUUAUGAACAUGUCUCCCUUCUCAACACUUUUAGCAAACAAACUUUCUAGAUUCUUUGAUCCAGAGAAGCAUUUCGAAAAUUAUGAAAAGGAAAUCAAACACAAGUUUUCUAAAAAGAUUUACAAGAUUGAAAACAUUGUUCAUCCCGAGCUUCAACUCAGAUUCAGCCAAUAUAUCAAUCAAGAAGAAAACCCACUGAUAUUUAUGACAUUCCACGGAACAAGUGAACAAAAUGUUUCUAGUAUUAAGGAACACGGUCUCUUGGUUCCUGGAAAGGGUAAUGAUAUUAGACCAGUUAAUGGUAGCGAGUAUGGAUUGGGUAUUUACACAUCAUUCUCGGGUACUUCAUCAAUUGAGUAUUGUUAUGGUGGUAACAAGAUGUUUGUUUGUGCUGUGUGCGUUAGGGACAAGAUUGUUAUAAGUGAAGAUGGAAAUGUUCUUGUUGUUUUUGAUGAAAGAUCAGUAUUGCCUUGCUGGCUGAUAACAUUUGAAAACCGAGUUGAAAAUGUUCAAGAACCUGUCAAUAUGAACUAUAACAAUAACCUUCUCAGACAAAUCUAAUUGUAAAAUAUAAUUAAACAAAAGUUUAUUCCAUUGAUCAA